AUGGCCAGUGGAGGGGUGGCUGAUCCGUGCGUAAAAGCCACACAGAUGGACUAUGAAGGCAAGGUUUUCCCUUUAACCGGGGCGUACGGCCGCUACAACCGCACCGUAGUGUUCUUCAGCUGGUUCCCGAGCUUUGCGGUGGUCCUCAACUUGUUCAGCGACGUGUUCUUUACGCUUAUCCCGGAGGAGUACCACUGCAGCGCGGACCCACAGCUGCUGCCCUCUGCCUUUCUGCUCAGUAACUUCUCCAAACAGGGCUAUCUCAACCUGACCAUUCCGUACCAGGAGGACACGGGACGCCUGAGCCACUGCGAGCUCUACAAAUACCCUCCGAACUCUAGCGACCUGUCCGACAAUGCACCCCGAGAGAGAGUGGCCUGCACCCGGGGAUGGGAGUACCACGGGGCGGCAGGGCUCCAGAGCAACUUUGUCACUCAGUGGGACUUGGUCUGUGGCGACUACUGGAAAAUCCCAUUGCAGCACAUCUGCUUCAUGAUGGGAUGGAUCCUGGGAUAUAUCGUCCUUGGAACCCUGUGUGACUGGCUCGGUCGCCGGAGGACCUUCCUGCUGUCUGUGAGCGUGUCCAGUGUUUUGGGGGUGACCGUGUGUCUGUCCAACAGUGCAGUGGUCUUCCUGCUGCUGCGGCUGGCCCAGGGCAGCACGCUCGCGGGGGUCUACGUCUCCUCUUACAUCAGCAGGCUGGAGCUGUGUGAUCCCGGCCAUCGCCUCAUGGUGGCGAUGGUGAGCAGCCUCUUCGGCGUGUUGGCAGAGCUGCUGUUGCCGGGCGUAGCGGCGCUGUGCCGUGAUUGGCCGAUCCUCCAGGCUGUGACCACGCUGCCGCUGAUCCUGCUGCUGGGGUACUGGUGCUGUGGCUCAGUCUUCCCAGAGUCUCCUCGCUGGCUCCUGGCCACGCAGCAGGUCUCAGCCGCCAAGAAAAGCCUCCAGGACUUCAGCUCCAGGAACGGCUGCACUCUGCACGACGAGCUGUACCCCGGCCAAACCGCCCUGACCGAUACAAGGCGAUGCACACCCCAAGAAACCACUUUUGAAUCUCUGUCCUCCUCCUCGAGCUUCCACAUCGACUCAGCAUUUGGAGAGGACUGUCACCCGGGUUACCACACGGUUUUGGAGCUGCGUCGCACUCGCGUCAUCUGGAGAAACUGCCUCAUUCUCAGUUUCACUUUAUUUAUUGGCACCGGAAUCCAGUACUGUUUCACCCGGAAUGUCCACAGCUUCAACACAAACUUCUACUUCACGUAUUUCAUCCGCGUCCUGACGGGGGCGCUGGCGUGCGUCUUCAUCUGUUUGUCUGUGAAUCACUUUGGGCGCAGAGGGAUGCUGCUGCUGACGGCCAUCAUCACCGGACUGUCCUCGCUCCUGCUGCUGGCGCUCACUCCAUAUCUGCGCGGAGGCCUGGUGCUGGUGCUGUCUGUGGUGGGACUGCUCUUCUCUCAGGCUUUGGCAAUGCUCAGCGCCUUUUUUGCCAGUGAAGUUCUGCCCACUGUUGUCAGAGGUGGGUGUCUGGGCCUGGUGCUGGCCGCUGGCUGUGUGGGGAUGGCGGCUUCUUCUUUGAUGGAGCUCCAAAACAACGGCGGAUACUUUCUGCACCACGUGAUCUUUGCCUCCUUCGCCGUCCUGUCCGUCCUGUGCAUCAUGCUCCUGCCCGAAACCAAACGCAAGCCUCUCCCGGACACACUGAAGGACGGGGAGAGCCAGCGUCGACCGGCCCUGUUCCUGUCCCACCCGGAUCGGGACAGUCUACCGCUGCUUCGGACCCGCGCCCCUCUGUCUGAAUACAACCCUGAGAAUUACUCGCGGUUAGUUUCUGCCACGAGAAAGAUGAUGACGAAAGACACUUUGCCCUAUAGGAUUGCAGUGCCGGGUCAUUCGCCGCUGCUGUCGGACAGUGACAGUACAGCGCCGGACAAUGGACCCCUCAGAGCUGUGGCCUGA